CCGGGAGUCGCCCGUCGGCCCUGGCCAACGCCCCUGGACUCACUCGCCGCCGGCCACCCGGAGGAAGGGGAUCGCUUCCCGAGGCAGCCCCGGGGCCUUUGUGUUCGCAGCCUGCGAUGGAUGCGGCCGGCCGAGGGAGUUGAACUCGGUGUCCAGCGAGGGGCUUCCCGCGGAGACCUCCGUUCCCCGGCCCCCACCCCCGCCCUCGCGGGGUGGGGUGGGGGGCUCGUCCCGCCCGCCCCGCCCGCGUCCUCGGAGCCCGCCGUGGAUUUUUCGCUUCUCUUCUGGCUGUGGGGUGGCCUUUGUCCCCCCCAAUGUGGACCCCACCGGACUUGUCCCCUCUUUGUCGCCUGCAAUGAGAUGAUGGCCACGCGUCGGACUGGUCUGCCGGAGGGAGAUGGUGACAAGCUCAAGGCCUGCGAGACCCCGGCCCUGGAGGUAUCAAAAAAUAAAGAUGGGAAAGAGCAAAGUGAAACUGUAUCACCGUCCGAAGACGAAGCUUUCUCCUGGCCGGGGCCCAAAACCGUCACGCUGAAGAGAACGCCUCAAGGCUUCGGCUUCACCUUAAGGCAUUUUAUUGUGUAUCCCCCGGAGUCUGCAGUUCAGCUUUCGUACAAGGAUGAAGACAAUGGAAACAGAGGAGGAAAACAAGGGAAGCGCCUGGAGCCCAUGGACACCAUAUUUGUCAAGCAGGUUAAAGAAGGCGGGCCAGCGUUUGAGGCUGGGCUGUGCACAGGUGACCGAAUUAUCAAAGUCAAUGGAGAAAGUGUCAUUGGAAAGACCUAUUCCCAAGUAAUUGCUUUAAUUCAGAACAGCGACACAACAUUGGAACUUAGUGUUAUGCCAAAAGAUGAAGACAUUCUCCAAGUGCUGCAAUUUACAAAGGAUGUCACGGCACUGGCGUAUUCUCAAGAUGCCUACCUGAAGGGGAACGAAGCCUACAGCGGCAACGCUCGCAACAUCCCGGAGCCUCCGCCUGUCUGCUACCCCUGGCUGUCCUCUGCCCCUCCCGCCGCGGCUCAGCCAGCGGAAGCAUCCCCUGCAGACGCCUCACUGAGCAAACAGCAGGCCAGCACCCCAGGACCCGCGCAGCCUGGCAGGGCCUACCGGAUGGAAAUACAAGUGCCUCCGUCGCCCACGGAUGUUGCAAAAUCCAACACGGCAGUGUGUGUUUGCAAUGAAAGCGUGCGGACUGUCAUUGUGCCUUCUGAGAAGGCUGUAGAUUUGCUACCGGGCAGAGGUAGCCACACGGGCCCUUCCCAUAGAACUGAAGAAGUGAGGUACGGGGCGCACGAGCAGGCCUCUUUGAAAGCAGUGUCCAGGACCACGUCUCCGCCAGCAUCAGUCCCCGCCGCCCCUAGAAGCCACCACGCUGCAGGCUCCAGGUCCCUGGACCCUUCCGGAGUCCUGCUUAAGUCCGGAAACUACACUGGGCACUCCGAAGGAAUCCCAGGUGACAGGGCUCACGCGGUAGACUCUCCUUCCAUAGCUGUCAAUCACUACUCCCCCAAUUCCCAUCAGCGCAUAGACUGGAAAAACUACAAGACGUACAAAGAGUACAUCGAUAACCGGAGGUUGCACAUAGGCUGUCGGACCAUUCAGGAGAGACUGGACAGCCUACGAGCGGCCUCCCGGAGCACAGCGGACUACAGCCAGGUGGCCCCCGGCCGCGCCGCCUCGCAGGUGCGGCGGCGGAGCACCUCGCACGACCGCGUGCCGCCGUCGGCGCAGAUCCGGCAGCGCAGCGUGUCCCAGGAGAGGCUGGAGGACCCGGUGCUGACCCGGUACUGCCCGCGGAGCGCGUCGCAGGGCGCGCUCACGUCCCCGCCGGUCAGCCUGAACCAGCACCGGACUCGGUCCUGGGAUUACCUGGAGAGGCAGGGGGAGCCCGCGGACCGCGGCAGCGCCGAGAGCCAGACCCCCGACUCCAACGGGGAGCGGGCGCCGGCCUCCCGGUGGGGCGGGCUUGUGCGGGACGCGCCCAAGGCCUUCCGGGGCGCGCAUCUCUCCGUGGCCCCGAGCGUGGAGAGCAGGCGCGCCACCGGGCGGGGCGCGCAGUUUAAAAAGCCGCCCUUGGACCUGAAGGCGCUGCAGCCGAGCAGGAGCGCGCCGACGGCUUGUGGGGCGCCGCUGGCUCGGGGUGCCGCACAGGACAGGUCGCCCCUCGUCCAAGUCCGAAGCCACUCCCUGAAAGCGCCCUCCGCGAAGCCGGCGCUCAGCCAGAACUCCGCCCGGGAUCAGAGACCCGUCAAUCACGUGCACCAGAACAGUGUGCCCAGCCCCCCGCAGACCUGGCACCAGAACAGUGUGCCCAGCCCCCCACAGACCUGGUUCCGACCCGAGAGUGCCCCCGACCACCAGGCGGACCCCGCGAAGCCCCCCUGCGCCUCCGGAGCUCCUGCGAAGCCGGCCGCCCCGCCGAGCGAGAACGGGGCCGCCGCGCAGGGCGAGCUGUCGGCCAGCCUAGGGGACCUGGGCGCCCGCGCCGCACAGGCUGGCGCUCCGCAGCCGCACCCCGCAGGUGGCACGGGAGCCGUGGUCCUGAGGGAGAAGCCGCCGUCCGGCCGCCAGACGCCACAGCCCCUCCGGCACCAGUCUUACAUCCUGGCGGUCAACGACCAGGAGACCGGCUCGGACAGCACCUGCUGGCUGCCCAACGACGCGCGCCGGGAGGUGCACAUCAAGCGGCUGGAGGAGCGGAAGGCGUCCGGCGCCAGCCCGCCCGGCGACUCCCUGGCGUCCAUCCCCUUCAUAGACGAACCCACCAGCCCUAGCAUUGACCAUGACAUCGCACACAUCUCUGCUUCUGCUGUCAUCUCGGCCUCUACCUCUCAAGUCCCCUCUAGAGCCACCGUCCCUCCCAGCCUUACAACCUCAGCUCCUCUAAUUCGAAGGCAACUUUCACACGACCAUGACUCCAUUGGACCCCCCAGCCUGGAUGCCCAGCCCGCCUCAAAGACAGAAAGAUCCAAAUCGUAUGAUGAGGGCCUGGAUGACUACCGAGAAGAUGCCAAAUUGUCCUUUAAGCACGUGUGUAGCCUGAAGGCCAUCAAGAUCACAGACAGCCAGAAGACAUCGGAAGACUCCGGAUCCCGGAAGGACUCCUCCUCAGAGGUUUUCAGUGAUGCCGCCAAGGAAGGGUGGCUCCACUUCCGGCCCCUCAUCACCGACAAGGGCAAGAGGGUCGGUGGGAGCAUCCGGCCGUGGAAGCAGAUGUACGUCGUGCUGCGGGGCCACUCGCUGUACCUGUACAAGGACAAGAGGGAGCAGGCCGCGCCGUGUGAGGAGGAGCAGCCCAUCAGCGUGAGCGCGUGCCUCAUAGACAUCUCCUACAGCGAGACCAAGCGGAAGAACGUGUUCCGGCUCACCACGUCCGACCGCGAGUGCCUGUUCCAGGCGGAAGACCGAGACGACAUGUUGGCCUGGAUCAAGACCAUCCAGGACAGCAGCAACCUGAACGAAGAGGACACGGGCGUGACGAACAGGGACCUCAUCAGUCGGAGGAUAAAGGAAUAUAACAGCCUCAUGAGCAAAGCGGAACAGUUGCCAAAAACCCCUCGCCAGAGCCUCAGCCUCAGGCAGACUUUGCUUGGUGCUAAAUCGGAGCCAAAGACCCAGAGCCCGCACUCUCCCAAAGAGGAGUCGGAGAGAAAGCUUCUCAGUAAAGAUGAUACCAGCCCCCCCAAAGACAGAGGCACGUGGAGAAAAGGCAUUCCCCACAUCAUGAGGAAGACCUUCGAGAAGAAGCCAGCUGCUACGGGGACCUUCGGGGUCCGCCUGGACGACUGCCCGCCAGCCCACACGAACCGGUAUAUCCCAUUGAUCGUUGACAUAUGUUGCAAAUUAGUUGAAGAACGAGGCCUCGAGUACACAGGUAUUUACAGAGUUCCCGGGAAUAACGCCGCCAUCUCUAGUAUGCAGGAGGAACUCAACAAGGGGAUGGCCGACAUCGACAUACAAGACGAUAAAUGGCGAGACUUGAAUGUGAUAAGCAGCUUACUGAAGUCAUUCUUCAGAAAACUCCCGGAGCCUCUCUUCACAAACGAUAAAUACGCCGAUUUUAUUGAAGCCAAUCGCAAAGAAGAUCCUCUGGAUCGUCUGAAAACAUUGAAAAGACUAAUUCAUGAUUUGCCCGAACAUCAUUAUGAAACACUUAAGUUUCUUUCGGCUCAUCUGAAGACAGUGGCAGAAAAUUCAGAAAAAAAUAAGAUGGAACCAAGGAAUCUGGCCAUAGUCUUCGGUCCAACUCUGGUGCGCACCUCGGAAGACAACAUGACGCACAUGGUCACCCACAUGCCGGACCAGUACAAGAUUGUGGAGACGCUCAUCCAGCACCAUGACUGGUUUUUCACGGAAGAGGGCGCCGAGGAACCUCUUACAACAGUGCAGCAGGAAGGCACAGUAGAGUCGCAGCCAGUGCCAAACAUAGAUCAUUUACUCAGCAACAUCGGAAGGACGGGCGCAUCCCCCGGAGACGCAUCAGAUUCAGCCACUAGUGACUCAACAAAAUCUAAGGGCUCUUGGGGACCGGGAAAGGACCAGUACAGCAGGGAGCUGCUGGUCACCUCCAUCUUUGCGGCCGCCAGUCGCAAAAGGAAAAAGCCCAAAGAGAAGGCGCAGCCCAGCAGCUCGGAGGACGAGCUGGACAGCGUGUUCCCCAAGCAGGAGCCCGGGGCGCAGGGCCGCGAGCGCGCCGCGGGCAGGACGCCGGGGGCCCCGCGCAGCGCCAGCCCCAGCCCCGAGGCCGCGCCCUGGGCCGCGGGCCGCCUGAGCCCCGAGGCGCGCUCCGUGACCGAGAGCAGGGGCGAGGAGGCGGACGACGAGAGGAGCGAGCUGGUGAGCGAGGGGCGGCCGCCCGAGAGCGACAGCGAGGGCGACUUCCCGGGCCGCAGGGACUCGGAGGGCAGCGAGGCCAGCGGCCCCCGGCCGGCGGCCCGCGCGCACCAGCUGCUGGAGGGCGACACGCUGGCGCGCAGGAAGGCGGCGCGCCUGCGCUCCGACGGCGACGGGGACGCCCCCGCGCUGGCCCGCGUGCUGGACGCCAUGCGCCGCGGCCGCUCCACCGGCAGCCUGCCGCCGCCCGAGCCCAGCUGGAAGAGCCGGCUGGCCGAGCGCCUGAAGCUGCGGGCCCGGGCGCCGGCCGACGACAUGCUGGCCGGCACGCCGCCGCGGCCGCAUGUCGAGGCCACCCGCCGGAGGGGCGUCCGGCGGCGCCACACGCUGGGCGGCCACCGCGACGCCAGCUUCUGGAAGGAGCCCGAGCUGGCGGCCGCGACGCGCUGCCCGGCCCAGGACCUGUCCGGCACGCACUGGCUGGCCCGCGAGCACCUGCGCACCAGCACGCCGGACCUCCGCGCGCCUGGCGGCGACCUGGACCCCGCACCUGCACCGCGCCCCGCCCCGCCCGACCGGGUCCACGGCUGCGCGGCCGCUUCCCAGCCUCCCGCGCUGUCCGGAGCGGCCCAGCCGCACCCCUGCCUGUAGGGGCCCCACGCGUGUAGAUAGCGACGUAUAAAUAUGUAUAUUUAAAAGUACGGGAGCGGUGUAUACAGACGGGCACAGUGUGGUCGCAGCCCCCACGCGCCCGGACGCGCGUCUCCACCCCUGACACAAGUGCCUCACCUCACACACACGUGGGUUGUAGGGCGCCGUGGGAAGCGAGUGCAUUUAACACGGGUGGAUCCCACCUUCCAUUCUGCAGUCAUUCCAGGGGGAGCGGAGUUUUCUAUUCAGACUUUUAAUACAGUUUUUGAGUUUUGUGUGACUUGAAUUUUUAAUCUCUGUAAAAUACGUAACUUAAAUGAACAUAUUAUAAGUGUAUCUUUUCUUCAGAUACCAGAUUUGAUAUAAAUGUUGUAACAUAGGCGUGUAGAUAGUGGCUCCUGGACAGAACUGGCUCCUUGAUGGAGAAGAGUUAACUCUGCAUGAGGACCUAACGACUCCAAACCUGUGUCCUGCCUGUGUGCACACCCAUUAAACACUGGAAAUAAAACUGUUUUGGUGAACUGCG